UGAUGCUCUUGGAGAAUAAACUUAUUACCGGAAUUGAAAAUGAGAGCGAUCGUCCGAUCAGUUCGCAACAUAAGAUCAGCUUGUACACAAAGGAUAAACAAUUAUUCCAGUGCUAUUGUUAGGAGACGAAGCCGCUUGAUUCAAACCAAUUCUACUCCUGUUUAUACACUGCCUCACAAUGCCGAAAUCCACAGAUUUUUGUUCUCUGCAAGACCUUUCUCAACGGGUGCUGCAACUAAAGUUGAUACGACAGAAGUAAACGGAGGAGGGCCGCUCGUGGAGUAUGAACGAAGAAUUUCAGCCGGUGAGCUCUUUGAUGGUGAUGCCUGCCAGGUAGGCACUUUAACAGAACUUCAAAGGCUUUAUGAUGAGAUCGUUGAGUCAGCUGCCGAGUGCCGGUUGGAUCGCUAUCAAGUGCCUGAGAAAACUGUUAGGAAACGGUGGUUUUGGUCUCGUUUAAUGCCACAGUCUCCACAGUCUUCAUACUCCCCCGUCAAGGGAUUAUAUCUUUAUGGAGGAGUAGGCACAGGGAAAACUAUGUUGAUGGACCUCUUCUUCGAUCAAUUGCCUUGCAAUUGGAGGAAGAAAAGGAUCCAUUUUCAUGACUUUAUGUUAGAUGUCCACAGUCGCUUGCAGAAGCACAAGGGUGUUGCAGAUCCACUUGAAGUUGUGGCAGGAGAGAUUUCCGAUGAUGCGAUUCUACUGUGUCUAGAUGAAUUUAUGGUGACUGAUGUUGCUGAUGCAUUGAUAUUGAACCGUCUUUUCGGACAUUUAUACAGUAAUGGCAUUAUACUUGUUGCAACUUCAAAUCGUGCUCCGGACAAUCUCUACGAAGGUGGACUGCAGAGGGAUCUUUUUCUACCCUUCAUUGCCAGUUUGAAGGAAAGAUGUGUCGUUCAUGAAAUCAGUUCUGCAGUAGAUUACCGGAAACUCACCUCGGCAGAAGAAGGUUUCUACUUCAUUGGCAAAGAUUUGUCCAGCCUCCUAAAACAGAACUUUCAGCAUCUGAUUGGUGAACAUGUUGCUGCUAGUCCACAAGUGGUUGAAGUAGUUAUGGGUAGGACUUUGCAGGUUCCCCUUGGUGCUAAUGGAUGUGCCUAUUUCUCGUUCGAGGAACUUUGUGACAGACCUCUUGGAGCUGCAGACUACUUUGGAUUGUUCAAGAAUUUUCAUACCCUAGCUCUUGAAGGUAUUCCAAAACUCGGGCUGCACAACAGGACGGCAGCCUAUCGGUUUGUCACUUUAGUUGAUGUAAUGUAUGAAAACAAGGCCAGACUGUUGUGUACAGCUGAGGGCAGCCCACUAGAACUCUUCGAAAACAUCAUGACCGUUUCAGAUGCGCAGUAUACGGCACCGAGAACCUCCUCCCGGUCAAGGAGAAACGACGAUUCAAACCUUUGUGUGGAUAACGAACUGGGAUUCGCAAAGGAUCGCACCAUUAGUAGACUGACAGAAAUGAACAGCAAAGAAUACCUUGAACAACACGCCGAGGAGAGGCAAAGCAUAAAAGCAUAAAAGUAAACCCAUACAUUCAACAAAUGGUUCAGCCGACCCUUGGCAUGUUCGGUCACAAAUCUGGUCAGAAUACUUCUCUUUGCAUGUCAUUUUUUUUAUUAUGCAUGAAUAAGGAAAAGUAUAUGUAACUUAUGAAUUUCCAUGUU